AUGAUGGAUGACCAUCCACGGUGUGUCCACAACCCCCCCUCCUGCGACAACGUUCAGUGCCAGCCGGGAACCGUGUGUCACAUGGUCGACGGGUGGCCUUGGUGUGGACCAAUGAAGACCUCCCACUCCCAAAUUGUCCACAAAACCCCCACCUGCGAGGACAUCCGUUGCCAGGAGGCCACGGCGUGCAAAAUGGUGGACGGGUGGCCCAAGUGCGUCGGUCCCCUGCCCACCUGCGGCGACAUCCAAUGUCCUCGAGGCACCGUCUGCAAGAUGGUCGGCGAUUGGCCCAAAUGCGUCCACAACCCGCCCUCCUGCAGCACCUUCCGCUGCCCGAAGGGGACAACGUGUCUCAUGGCGCACGGUUGGCCACGUUGCGUGCAGAGGGGGCCGUCCCGCCACCAAUCGGCUUCUCCCGCGAGGGCGGGGUUCAGGAAAGCUUCCAAGGUCCAUCCAAUGGUGAAAGUGUCCUGCACCGAUGAAGCCAUCUUGCGCCGAGGUCCACUGCCCGGCUGGGACGACGUGUCAGAUGGUGGCAGCCACGCCCAGGUGCGUCCCCAACGAACCGUCCUGCGAGGACCUCGGUUGCCCCGCGGGGACAACGUGCAAGAUGGCGGAAGGUUGGCCCAGAUGCGUGGCCGAGGAGCCAUCUUGCCACGGUUUCCGUUGUCCAACCGGAAUGACGUGUCGGAUGGUGGCGACCACGCCCAGCUGUGUUCCCACCGUCCCGUCUUGCGACACCAUGGUCUGCCCGAAGGGGACGAGGUGUACAGCGGUGGGAACCUCCCCCAGAUGCCUCCCGGUUCCUCAACCCAACCUCGUCUGCCACAUUUUGGGGCGGUGGCGGUACCGGGCCUUCGACGGGAGGAACCACGGCUUCACCGGAGGUUGUCCCCAGACCUUGGUGCCAGCUGUGUUCCCACCGUCCCGUCUUGCGACACCAUGGUCUGCCCGAAGGGGACGAGGUGUACAGCGGUGGGAACCUCCCCCAGAUGCCUCCCGGUUCCUCAACCCAACCUCGUCUGCCACAUUUUGGGGCGGUGGCGGUACCGGGCCUUCGACGGGAGGAACCACGGCUUCACCGGAGGUUGUCCCCAGACCUUGGUGGCCACCUGUGGCGCCCGUUUGCCGGCCCUCGAGGUGACGGUGGGCGGCCAAGCGCCCAAGAGGGCCUUCGUCCACCGCCAGCUCUGCGGUCUCCUCCGAGCGCCCGGAGGUCCCUUCGGGGGUUGUCACCCGCUGGUGGACCCCGGGAUCUUCUACGACGUCUGCCUGCGGGAGCUCUGCGAGGAACCAGGGGAGCAGGAGGUCCUUGGCGAGGUGGUGGGCGCCUACGAGGCAGCGUGUCGGCAGGCCGGGGCGGUGGUGGCACCUUGGAGCGGGCCCAAGCUCUGCCCCCCGUGGUGCCCCGAGGACACGCGCUGCCGCCCCGGUGACACCUGCGUCCCCCACCGAAGGCUGCUGCCGCGGGACCUGUCUGCAGGUGAGGGGCCACCACAGGGGGAGACGACGGGUGGACCUCCUGGUGAGAGGCCACCACAGGGACAGGGGCUGGGGGACCUCCAGGUGAAGGAAAGCAAUGGAGUUGCGGACACGGGGGUGGAGAAACCACAAAGAGAGGAGGUGGGUGGUGGGAGGGGGGGGGGGGGGGCAGGACGAGGAGGUGAAGGGACCCCUGAAGAAGGUCAGGUGGAACCCCAGAAGAAGGAAGGGGUGUUCAUCUGCCGGGGGAAGGAGGACGCCCUGGUGACGCGGAACCUGGUGCCGGGGGAGUCGGUGUACGGGGAGAAGAGGAUCUGUGUGGAGGACGGUGACACCAAGGUGGAGUACCGCGCCUGGAACCCCUUCCGCUCCAAGCUGGCGGCGGCCAUCUUGGGGGGCAUCGACCAGAUCCACAUCCGGCCCGGGGCCAAGGUCCUCUACCUGGGCGCGGCCUCGGGGACGACGGUGUCCCACGUCUCCGACAUCGUGGGGCCGGAGGGCUUGGUCUACGCCGUGGAGUUUUCCCACCGCUCCGGCCGGGACCUCAUCAACGUGGCCAAGAAACGCACCAACGUCAUCCCCGUCAUCGAGGACGCCCGGCACCCCCACAAGUACCGGAUGCUGAUUGCCUCGAGGAACGUCCUGUGGGUGAUCGAGGGGACCUCCUGCGACCUGCCCUGGCAAGCCGCCCUCUUCAAAGGCGACCGGUUCAUCUGCGGGGGGACGCUGGUGGACAAGAACUGGGUGCUGACGGCCGCCCACUGCCACGUCCCUGGCUUCAUCACCGUGCGGCUCGGGGGUCAGACCCACAAGGACUCGGGGGGCACCGAACAGCGCCGGCGCUCGGCCAAGGUCUUCAAGUACCCCCACUACAACGAGACCAACAAGGACGGCGACCUGAUGCUCAUCAAGUUCCUCCCGCCCGUCCGCAUCACCAAGCAGGUCAAACCGUUGCCACUGGCUUCCCGUUGCCCCGUGCCCGGCGAGACCUGCCAGAUCUCGGGUUGGGGGUCCACCACCAGCCCUGAAGUCACCUUCCCCGAGGACCUCCACUGCGCCAAGGUCACCAUCGUCUCGGAGGAGGAGUGCCGGCGCGUCUACUCCGACUCCAUCACCGCCAACAUGGUGUGCGCGGGCGAGAGUGGGAGAGGGGAGGAGCUUCGGGCUGAGAACGGACACAACUCGGCGCGGGCGGUGGAAACCAGAAGAGAUAUGGGUAGACCAGUUGACCUCACCAUGGGGCGAAUCUUCGAGUCCCACCAUGGAGACCGCCAUGAGGUCGACCUGCUGACCCCGCCAUGGGGCUGA